CAAUCAGAAGAGCGAACUGGAACGUCACAAGGAAGUGUGGAAAACACGCGAUGUUUGGAGAAAUACCACCGCUUCUGUGGUUAACCCUGAGCUAAGUCUCAGUUACCAUUUUUGCCGGGCUUUAUUGAUAGUUAACACUGUUAUUUAUUUUGGGUUCAGACGAGCGAGACCAAUUACCUAAACGGUGAAGAUGCAUCAUGCAGCUGCUAAAUGGUAUGACAGACGAGACUCUGUUUUUGUAGAGUUCUGUGUGGAAGACAGUAAAGACGUGCAAGUAAAAUUUGACAAGAAUAAGUUUGAUUUUAGCUGUGUCAGUGGAACAGAUAAUAUCAAACAUCAAAAUACAGUGGAGCUUUUUGGAGCGAUUAUUCCUGAGGAAUCCAAACACAGACGCACCGAUAGGUCUGUGUUGUGUUGUCUACGAAAAGAAGAGGUCGGGAAGUCAUGGCCAAGGCUUACCAAAGACAAGGCAAAGUGCAACUGGCUAAGUGUGGACUUCAUUAACUGGAAAGACUGGGAAGAUGACUCAGAUGAAGAUUUGUCAAGUUUUGACAAAUUCUCAGAUAUGAUGAACAGCAUGGGUGGAGAUGAUCUACCUGAUUUAGAUGGAGCAGAGGAAGAGCAUGAUUCAGCAGACAGUGACGAUGAAAAAAUGCCAGACCUUGAAUAGACAAACGUGGGUGGUGAACUCAGAGCGAGGGAAUUUGUUGGGGAGAGUAGACCUGACUUGGCAGCCACUUUGAAGAAGAAUUUCUCCACGCAGUUCCAAAGUGAAACUCCUCAAGGGAGUAACCGAGUGACUAUCGGAUACAGACUUGCACAGACCUCCAUAGCAACAUACAACGCUGUGCUCUGCCGUUUGUUCUGCAUGGACAGUUAUGUUCAAAUGAAAAUGUUAUUGUUCCUUGACUCAAAUGACUUUACUGGGAUGUGCUGAUGUCUUACACCUCACUGUUUUUGUUUGCUUUUUCAAUGUCAGGUGAUGUAAUAAAUGUUGUGAUUUCUAAUGAAAAGGACAAAAAAACACGCAAUGACCUAUUUUCCAAAAAUGUUUUUGGUUUUUUUCAAUCCCUAAUUUCCAUCUCUAAAUGUUUGUUUUUUUGUAAAUUGCACUUAUUUUAAUUUAAAGGGGACAAUUCUUCUUUCAGUGAACUCUUCGGUGUAUCCUAAACAUCAAAAAUUAAUAAAGUUCAUUUUCAGCAGUAAGUAUUUGUGUCAAAUUUACCUGUUGAGUUUUAGCAGUUGAUUAUUUUACAAACAGCAUAUUCCCUCCUCACCCCUGAAAUCACACUUCCAAAUACUACACAAUGGAUUUGAGAAAGACCUUCCUUAAACCUGCUGAAGUGAGAACUGAACAUGUAGAGAGAAAAAAUAUCAAGGCGUACCCACAUGGCUAAUAAAUGUUUGUCACCAGAACUA